AGAAAAGCCCGCAAUGGGCUACAUAUAUGAGGGCAUGGAUAGGGCAAAAGAGGGCAUCAAAUCUAUCUAUGCAGGAGAUGAGAGCAAGUAUGGUCCCAUUUGGCAGAUCAUUGAUAAGAGAUGGCAUCAUCAGCUUCAUAGGCCCAUCCAUGCAGCAGCCUAUUAUUUGAAUCUGGCAUUCCAUUUUAGCCCUACUUUCAGGGCUGAUGCGGAGGUCCUUGAUGGGCUAUACUUAGUCAUGGAGAAGAUGGCACCUGUUGGUUGUACUCAGACAGAUCUUAUGCGAGAGCUACAGUUGUUCUCAAAUGCACAAGGGGAGACCUUUUCUCAUCCUAUCGCCAAAGAAAGUAGGACAACUAUGAUGCCAGAUAAUUGGUGGAGCUUUUUUGGCCCAACGACACCAAAUCUUCAGAAGUUGGCCAUUCGCAUCUUGAGCCAACCAUGCAGUGCAUCUGGUUGUGAGCGCAAUUGGAGUAUGUUUGAGCACAUACACUCCAAGAGGCGCAAUAGAUUAUCCGUGGAGAAGAUGAAUGAUCUUAUCUUUGUUCACUACAACCUCCACCUGAGAAUGAGAAAGAAUGCAUUAAAAGAAGAUGAUGAUGAUUAUUAUUAUUAUUAUGAUGAUCUUAUAGUAGACAUGGUGCUUGAAAUGACCAAGAAGCCUGGUGGUGUGAAGACUGUUGGUAAUUCAUAUCACAAUUAUGUAUCUUAUGAACAUGAUACUAUUGGUAAAGCAUUCAUAAAUUAUUUGGCUCAAAACAAUUUGGUUGCUACUGAUAUUGUUGAUUAUCUUCCAGAGGAUCUUGUUGAGAUACUCAUAGAAAGAAUGGUUGGAGAAGAUGAUAAUGAUGGGGCCUGGCAAUGGCAGCACUUCGGUGGUGCUCUGGUGAGGAGUGGCAGAGAGGGAGCGGCUGCUAAGCAGUGGUGGUGGGCACAAGCAGAGGAGGCAGCUAGUGGGCACGAGUGGAGGAGGCUGUAG